UUGUUAUCAACGCAAUCACAAAUCACAAUACCGUCGUCUUAUCGUGGAGAUUUGUUUAAAAAAAAAAAUCUAAUAAGUAAUGAGGUUGGUCUCGGUGUAUACCUACUUCUCAUUUUUAUUAAAAUUUUUUAAUUUUUUUAAUUCCAAACGAACGUCUAAUUCUGACCACCAUCACAAUGCUGUGAAUUCUAACACGAUUUCAAUGGUCACUAACAAACACCGGUCGCUAUGACAGUUUCCAGACAUUCAACUUCCAGAUAAUGUACCAGAUAGACAAGUGCCUUAAAUUUCACUGGUUUUGACUUGUUAAAAUGGAACCAAAACGAUCAAGACUUUCAAUGACUUGGACUUUGAGACCAGUGUUGCCAGAGAAUGUAACAACUGAUAGCAUUGCCACAGUGAAUGUGUUUGUUGACACUAUUAUUGAUCGAACCUCAACCAGCAAAAUCGUUAAGGAUCUUGGACAAUUGUCUGUGAUAAAUUCUUUAACACAUCUUAAACGCGUUAAAAAUCAAACGAUCAUACUAAUGUUAGCCAACGAUUUAAAUUCAGAUGAUUGUGUGGCAGAGUUGGAAAGAAAAGGAUUUAACUUUGCUGGCCUAUCUGGUCGACCUGAGAUCAUUCCAGUCCCGGCUUGCAUGCCAAAAACAUGUAGCCAGAACCUACAAGCUCGUAAGCUGUGGCCAUGUAACUUUCAUCCAGACAAACGACUAGAGUCAAUAUUGAGUGGUGAUUUUUUUAAUCAACUUGAACUUGCCAUUAUUGAUGGAUACAUGAGGACGGCAUUGGCAUGUGCAACUGGUGGGGUGGGUGCUGUGGUGGUCGAUCCUUUAAACAAUUUGAUUAUAGCUCAAAGUGGUGAUUUCCGUACCAAACACCCUGUAAAGCAUGCAAUCAUGUGUGUGGUAGAUAAAGUGGCCCAGGCUCAAGGAGGUGGAGCAUGGAACUCUUCGUCUACCAUAGCUAAAACAUCUAGAGUCACUAAUGACAAGACUGGGCCAUACUUAUGUACAGGAUAUGAUGUGUAUGUAACCAAAGAACCAUGCGUGAUGUGUGCGAUGGCAUUAGUGCACAGCAGAGCGAGAAGAGUUUUCUAUGGAUAUGAAGAUGAUAGCAGACCAGGAGGCUUGGGUGGAUCAGUCAGCAUACAUCUUCUCAAAGGAAUAAACCACAGAUUUGAAGUUUUUGCUGGUGUUUUAGAAGAAGAGUGCAGGACUGCAGCAUUGGCUUCGCAUACCAACAAUAUUACUCAGAACAUACAACACACCAUGUAAAUUGCAGAAUACUGAAAUCUACCAAAUAAACUGACACAUAUGUUUCUAUGUUUGUCUUAAA